GGGCUGGUACAGAGUCACCUCAAUAUUAAAGGAUAAUCAUAAAACAUUCACUUACUUUACUCGGUACAUACAACAGAGCAAUAUUAAAGGGCGAAAUAACAUUUGCUGUAUGUGGGACCCCCUAGAUUUCAUCCCCAGAAUUAGGGGGGGGGGGAAAUGUGCCCUUUUUGGUGAGUUUUCGAACUGCGUCAACAUCCAUCCUGUCUAUCUCUGGAGGCGUCUGCUAUUCUUAGCUGCUGGACACUAAGGUACCGCGGGGUUUCUUGGCCUCUGCACGGGAUUGAUUCUUCCUUAAAUGCAGCCAACACUCUCAGGAUCAGAUCUCCUUAAAAUUUCAGUCACCUCCGAGGAUCCUCCAUUAUCCGCGGGCUACGUCGGCGCUUAACGGGUGUGUGUGGGGAUCCCAUCGAAUCACUGAAUUGGGGUUUGAUCACGUAACAGCUGAGGAGUCCCGGGAGGUUCUGGAGCCGGGCACCAUCCGUGGCCUGGUUCCUCGCUCUCAGAUGAUCCCCGCAGGGAACGCGGUGGAAGACUCACCGGCGGGAGUCUGGCAAGCGAUGCGCCUUCGUCGCCCCUGGCAACGGAGUCCGGAAGAACCACAGAGACGUGGAGUCGAGUGGACAGAGGGGCCGCCCGGCCGGCCCGCGAAGCGCCGCCGAGCGCUAGAGAGGCGCGCUGGGCCGAUUGUCACGUGCGCUGCCGCGCGGAGGCGGAACUUCCGGAGGCCCGGUAUUUUCUUUCCGGUUAUCGGCUCCGGCCGGCCCCUCCCCGAUCGGGCCCCGUGCCCCCCACCCCCGCGGCCCUCCGCCGCCGGGCCCCGCCGCCACUAUGAAGAAAUUCUUCCAGGAGAUCAAGGCUGACAUCAAAUUCAAGAGCGCGGGGCCGGGUCAGAAGCUCGCGGAGUCGGCGGACAAGUCCCCCAAAGAGAAGCCGAGCCAGCCAGCCCUCAGGCAGCCCCGCCAGGGCCCCACGGAUGAGGCACAGAUGGCGGCCGCCGCCGCCCUGGCCCGGCUGGAGCAGAAGCAGCCCAAGGUCCGGGGGCCCACCUCCCAGGACUCCAUCCGGAACCAGGUGCGCAAGGAGCUUCUGGCUGAGGCCGCCAUCAGCGCGAACCCGGAGAGCCCAGGCCCCCAUGUGGUGUCAGAACCCAAGGAGGAAGGCUCUGACCCUCUGGCAGUGUCUGGGGUCUACUUCACCUGCCCACUCACAGGGGCCAUCCUGAGGAAGGACCAGCGGGAGGCCUGCAUCAAGGAGGCCAUUCUCUCGCACUUUGCCACCGACCCAGUGGCCGCCUCCAUCAUGAAGAUCCAUACGUUCAACAAGGACCGGGACCGGGUGAAGCUGGGCGUGGACACCAUCGCUAAGUACCUGGACAAUAUCCACCUGCACCCCGAGGAGGAGAAGUACCGCAAGAUCAAGCUGCAGAACAAAGUGUUCCAGGAGCGCAUUAACUGCUUGGAAGGGACACACGAAUUUUUUGAGGCCAUCGGCUUCCAGAAGGCCCUGCUCCCAGUCCCCGACCAGGAUGGCCAGGAGGAGUUCUACGUGCUGAGUGAGGAGGCGCUGGCGCAGAGCCUGGAGCAACGCAAGGAGCAGCUGCUGCGUGGGGAGCCGGUGCGCGCCCAGCUGGCCCGGCAGCGCCGCCUCUUCCGGCCGUCGCCGCUGGCUGCACACUUCCACCUGCCCGGGGACUUCUUUAACCUCACAGCUGAGGAGGUCCGGCGGGAGCAGCGGCUCAGGUCGGAGGCAGUGGAGCGGCUGAGCGUGCUUCGUACCAAGGCCAUGCGGGAGAAGGAGGAACAGCGGGAGAUGCGCAAGUACACGUACACGCUGCUGCGCGUGCGCUUCCCGGAUGGCUGCGUGCUCCAGGGGACUUUCUACGCACGGGAGCGGGUGGGGGCCCUGUUCAGCUUCGUGCGGGAGGCUCUGCAGAGCGACUGGCUGCCCUUUGAGCUGCUGGCGUCAGGCGGCCAGAAGCUGUCAGAGGACGAGAACCUGCCCUUCACCGAGUGUGGGCUGGUGCCGUCGGCCUUGCUGACCUUCUCGUGGGACGCAGCCGUGCUGGAGGACCUCAAGGCGGCGGGGGCACAGCCGGACCCCUCCAUCCUAAAACCUGAGCUGCUGUCGACCAUGGAGCAGCUGGCGUGAAUAAACAGGGUUGCCUCCCGCCUUGUGUGUGUGUGCUCCCCACUGCUGCGUGGGGACUCCAAGGGGGCCAGGGCCCCGGGUCAGAGAGCUGGGCCUUGGCUGGCAGCAGCUUGGAACCCCUUAAGUACACUAAGCCGGGUUAAGCGCCAUGUGGGGCGCUGGCCUGUGGCUCAGGGAGCUGGGAAGGGGGACCGGCGGUCCGGCUGCCCCUGGGGGUGCUAGGUCUGUGACAGAGGGCACAGUAGUUCUGUAAUCUUUAAAUUAUCAGAAUAAAUAGGAUAUUUGACUAA